GAAGACAUGGCCACCCAACUCACCUCUCCUUCAUCGCAGUCCCCGAGCCACUGACGUACGUAUAUGAAUUCGCGCCUCUAUGGCCCGGCCACGACGUUAAAAGACCCCGGAAUUCGAGAUUGAGAUUGUGGUUCCCCCACAUUCCAGCUUAUACCUACCAAUUUAGUUCGAGAUACCAAGCAUUUUCCUAUACGUGUAGCUUCCAGCUUCACCCUCUUCAUAAAUCAUUCUAUGAUAUUCGGUCAACGCACCUGAGUGCAGAAUGGAGACUCUCAACCGAACAUUUAACAACGCCACCAACGCCCUCUUGAACGAGUUCCAGACCGGUGAGCAGCAGCAAGUCCAGCCGCACGGCGAAGAGCCCAUGUCCGGUAUUCAAGGCAAGGGCACUGCGACUGAUCCGUACGAUGGCGGGAAUCGCGAUGACCAACCCGGUGCACCACACACCACCUCCAACACCGCCGUGAUCCCCGAGCCCCUCGUCUCCGUAACAGCCGGCGACCACGCCAAGAACCCCAGGUCGCCCAGCAACGCCGACCUAGCCCUCAAGAACGUCAUCGUCGACGAGCCGGUCCUCCCUUCCCAGAAGAUGGAGUACCAGCCUAAGAACCCGUCCAACAAGAUGAUGGAGCACCCGUCUACCAAGAAGCUGGAACACCCGGACCCCAUGACCGCAACAGCACCAACAGCCGCAGCCGCAGCCGCCGGCGCACCAACCAGCGGCUCCAACGGCGCGAAGCAGCUGUCCUCGGCGGUGCAGUCGCACGACUACCAACCUACCACCACUACGACGGGAGUAUCAGAGCAGAGGGGGAGCCUGCCUGGUUCUUUGGCGGCGGCGUCUGGUGCUGGUGGUUCAGGGGUAGGGGUAGGCGCUGCCGAGCCUAAGACACUGGCUAUCCGCGAGAAGAAGGAUAAGGACGAUAUCCUGCAGGGUAACAAGGGCCUUCCUGCUCCGGCUCCUGCUCCCGCGUUGUCCUCGAGUGUCGGAGGCAGCGAGAAGAGCAAGAGCGGAUCCGAGGGCGCGCUGCUGCUGCAGCCUCAGCCCGAGAAGAGGGCCGAUACGAUCCCUUCGGCUAGUGUGGCUGUUGACGAUAAGGCGAAGGAUAAGCCCCCUACCGCUACUUCGCAGCCUCAACAGCAGAUGAAGAAGACGGACGAGCGCGAGAACACCGCUGGCGCUACCGAUACCGCCCGUACAAUCUCAGACACCGAGUCCGUCGGCCCGGCUAACGAGACAAAAGACGGGUCUUCGGCGGGGGAUCGCCUCCCCACCGGCGGCGGUAACAAGGUCAGCGAGGAAGCCUUGAAAGGCCCGCAGAUUCCGGAGCCGAGGGAGCCGUUUGAGGUGGAGAAGAGGUUGGGUUCCAAGGGUGGGCCGGCGCAAUCUUCUGAUGCUGCCCCCGGUGCCACGAAAAAUGCCAACGAGUCCGAGGAGCACGGUGACGGCAAGGCGCAUGGUCAUCAGGGGAAGAUGGCGCACCUGAAGGAGAAGGUCGGCAAGGUCUUGCAUCAUUCGAGCAAGUAAGCUGGGUUUUUGGUGAUUCGGUCUAAAUUGCGAGGUAAUGGUAUCAUGUCGCUGUACAUUACAUGUUUCUUAAUUUGGGUCUGGCGUUGAGAUCUCGUUCUGCUUUGCGGGUUUGUAUUAUGGCUAUGGGUUUUAUGUGGAAUAAUGAAUGAAUCUACUGUGUAAAUUUGUUGGCUGAGCGUGGGAUGUCUAGUUACUGGAGUAUUGAAUAGUCUAUCUGGUAGUCUCCAGAGUGGUGCUCAUAGUUCUUAGAAUGAAGGCACGCUCACCGGAUAUGUGACUCGGAG